AUGUCGGGCAGUGGAGCCGGGACCGCUGGAAGACUGGACAAGCCGCGCGAGGGUGGCACCGCCUGGAGCCUUCAGCCGCGGGACGAAGCCGCCGAAGGUGAUAAAAGAAUACAAUACUCUGUGGACAGAGUCAAGAGGAAGCGAAAGCCCGUGUAA